AUGGCUCAAGAAGACAGGAGAGUCAGUUUCGCAAAUGCUGAUGAUUUUUUUACUGUGGAUCAUGCAGAGACUUUCAAUGUAAGCGAAGGAAACCAUUCGCCAACCCCACAAAGCAGUUGUGAAAUAUGCGAAGAAAAGGUUCCAGCUAUUUGGAUCUGCAUGGACUGUGAUCAAAAUCUUUGUGAAAAGUGCAAAAACGCACACCUAAAAAGCAGAGCAUCUGUCAACUGCAAUGUUGUGUCAAUAUUCAUGAAAAAGAAGUAUGCAUUUGAUGAAAACAGUUGUCUUUUUCACCCGAGGGAAAUAAGCCAACAAUUCUGUCGAUCGUGCAACAGAACAGUCUGCUCUAAGUGCAUAGCUCUUGAGCACAACAGACACAAUUAUGUAGAUCUGGACGAAGUAGUUCGAGAAAAAAAGGCCAACCUUCACAAAAGAUUAGAUCGGCUGCGGAAACAGGACCUCCCAGAAAUAAGAAUCCGCACUUCCAUGCUGCAGAAAAAUCAAGAAGAGUAUUCGAAGUCGGUUCAAAACUUGAUCCAUGAGAUUUAUAAACGACAUGAAAUAUGGAAAAGAAAAGCAGAAGAAAUCAGAGACAAAGUUUUACGAGACAUAAAGAAAACAGAGAAAGAUGACAUGGAAACAAUGAGGCGAGUUAGAAAUUCUCUUGAAAAAUCGUGUAGUGAGAUGGAACUGUUGCUGGAAAACUUGGAGAAAGAAAUCGACGUCAAAUCGGACAGGAAAUGUGUCAACUUCUGUGACAACGCAGAAAAGAAAAUUGAUCGUCUGGUUGUGCCAAAGAAGCUGGACCCACCAAAACCCCCAAAGUUUGUGACGAUGGCGUUCAGCACAAGUUUGAUGACAAGGCAAUUUGGUUUACUGGAACCUCACAUAAAAGUGAUAAAACCAAAACCAGAAAAAACGAAAGUUCCAUCGCCUGAAGUAAAGAGGAGGGUGGUGAAAAAUAGACUGGUGACUAUAGUAUACACCCUGCAGACACCUUGGAAUAUAUUCAGUGUGUGUCCUGUUGGGAAAGGGACGGCGUGGAUUGGAGCUGGCCACAGUGACAAGUCUGUCAGGAACGGCUCUCUUUUCCUGGUGGAUGUUGACGGAAAUACUACUAUGACUCUAAAAACUGGUUACAACCCUCUCAGUCUCACCGUAACAAAGUCAGGAAACCUCCUCUUCUGUAGUGGAUUUAGAUGUCGGCUGGUUGAUUUUAACAAUUCUGGUAAAAUAACUAUCUUCAAUGACAAGGCUACGUACACCAAAGGAGUGACGACAACAAAAGAUGACGAUGUGCUCGUCUCCUACGUGAACGAAGGUAAGAUAAUACGAAUGACCCCGAACGGCAAAAUUCUGGAGACCAUAGAAAAUGACAACAAAGGCCACAAACUAGUGGAAUCACCCCUCUCUGUUAAAGAGAAUACGAAUGGUGACAUCUAUGUGAUAAAUGGGGUAUCGGGAAAAUACCUUACCGCAAAAGGAAAAGAGCUAGUCUGUCUAUCAGAUGGCAAAAUUAAAUUCAAAUAUUACGGCAAUACAACUACACAGGCUUCUAGUAAGCCAACUUUCAGUGACAUUUCUUGUGAUAAAAAAUGUAACAUAUUUAUAUCGGAUUACCAUAACGACUGUGUACACAUGCUGGACAAAGAUGGGAGGUUUCUGAGAUUUGUUGGGACAAGAGAAGAUGGCAUCAUAAAUCCAGAAGGAAUCGCUAUUGACAAUAAAGGAAACCUUAUGCUCUGUUCUCAAAACCAUCUCAUCUACAUUGAGAACUAUUAG